AUGCUUCAACAAAAGAUACUUGCUUUUCUCUUAAUAUAAUUUAUAUUAACGUUGAGCCAUCCAUAGUAAGCCUUUUUAAAAAAUCGAAAUCACUCUGAAAGCUUUAAUUCAUAGAUUUAAGAUCUAAAUUUGGUUAAUGAGUCUGUUUUAAACUAAAGAUAGCUAUUCUAAUUGAUAACCUCUAGUAUAAAUGAGGAAGCAAAGUAAGAUCUAUGCCCUUAUCCAGGAUUUUAUGGAGAUUACUGUGUUGGAUUGCAAGGAUAAUAAGAAUAGUUAAAUGUAUAUAAAGAAAUCCGCAUGAAAAGGUAAUAGAUGUCUUAAAAUUCUGAAACUGAAUAAGCAGUUUAAGGUAUUCAAAAUAUGCCUUCUGGAGUUGGAGUUUCUUUUGAUAUUACUACUGGGGAACUAAAACUUCCUGCAAUCUAACUCACCUAUCAAAAAGAGCCCACUCAAGAAUAAAUUUGGAAAGAUCCACUUUCAGAUAACCAAUUUAUUGUAGCUGAUGAGAUACAAAUAGAAUAAAUAGAGUUGUAACCAGACAUCAAAAUAUUUUAAAACGAAUAAGAAUUAUCAAAUGUUUGGAUUUAAGCUGCUUAAAAUGGCUACUGGUUGGGAGGAUAAUAUAGUCACUCAUAAGAUUUAAAUUAGAUAUUUGAAAAAUUCUUUUAAGGAGAUUAAGAAAUGUCUGUUUCACAAAUGGCUAAGAAUGUUCUGAGAUUGACUUUUAAGAGUGAUAAUCUGAGCCUAAAUAAAUAUGCCUAAAGAGCUGUAAAUGCUUUACCUUAAGAAUAUUCACCUGAAGUAUAUAACGAUUUCUUAGAAUCAUGGGGAACUCAUAUUUCUGUUGAUACCUACAUUGGAGGUAUGAUUGAAAAAGUAAGCGCAUUCAAAAGUUGUGUUAAUGCUUCUCCCUCAUUUAAUGGAGGAUUAUCUCCUUAAUAAGUUGAAUAAGCUCUUAAUAAUGAAUUAAAUGGGAAUCCAGCAGAUGGAUAUUUUGCUGCAAGAAGAAAAAUUGCUGUUGAUCAUAGAUUUGGAGGAAAUCCAGAAAAUUAAUCUAAUUGGGAAAAUACAAUUAGCCAAAAUCCUGCUUUAUUAAAAAUAAAUAAGUUUGUAUCUUGGGAUAGUCUAGUUGCAGAUGUCUAAGUAAAGCAAAACUUAUAACAAGCAAUUAUGAAUAGAAUUGAAUCAAUGAAAUAAAAUUAUAUUAAUAAUUAGUAAUCAAUCCUUUAGUAGAGAAGUAUACAAAAUAAUAGUCCUAAGACCGCAUACGCAAUUUAAGGAAACGGAAAUACAAACAUUUUAAUUCAUGUCAUGGUAGAUUUACAUAUUCCAGCACCUCUUAAUUAUGUUGUUUCAAAUCCCUUUUAAAUGAAUGAAGCUUCUAUAUGUCCUCCUUAAUAGCCUUUUUAUCUUUCAAAAAUUAAUUGUAGCUCUGGCGAAUUUGCUGACUUAUAGCUUUUAGGUAUUCCAAAAGAUGUUAGAUACGAAAGAGAUAGCUUAGGUAAUUUCAGAACUAUUUUAAAUGAAAACUAUGGUAAUUGGGUAAAUAAAGGAUGCAGUAUAGCAUCUGUUAGUGGAUUUCCUUAGUUUAUUGAUCUUAAUUAGAUUCCUCCAAAUGAUAGUAGAUUCUAAAUAAUUUGUACAGACUGUAUACCUAAUUUUUAUAACAGUCCUAAUGGAAAUAUAUUAUAGUGUAAUUGUCCAGCUUUUUGA